AUGAAGCAACACCAUGCUGUGACUUUCAGAUUGCUUUCUCUGGAAUUCAAAAUGAAAUGAUUCAUCAAUUGAUCAUCACGGGCUGAACCCCGUGUUCAGGGCAUUAAAAUUGCCGAGUGGGGGGACGAUAUAUCCGAAAAUGUUGACAUGAACUUAGUACGAAACAAGGCCUCGGCUCCCCAAAAUUCUCCGAAUUUAUCGAGUAAACUUAUUUGCCUGUUGACUGGUUUCUUACUUGAGCCAAAAUUGAACAUGACAUCACGUAUGCGGUUCUCUGAAUGGAGCCCACGCUGUUCAUGUCAGACUCCGGUACCCUUGGUCUAAGCGCGGAGCAAUCUGAUAUUCCCACCAUCAUUGUUGCAGGAGUCAGGGCGUCUCUUCUGCUUACCCUCCAGCAGCGCAGUGGACAGGAUUCGUACACAGACAUGGGUCUGCCUGUGCACUUCAUUAUUGUCAUUCUGAUGACUGUGGCUUUUGCAUCAGCUUCAAUACUCCCACGAGGGCCUCAGACGAAUGCAACUUGCUCCAGUGAUUAUGAUUGGACCGACAAUGAGUCUGGUUUGAGUCCUUGUCUGCUGGCAUCGUAUUUGUUGGGAUCCUGUUUGACUGGCGAUUACGGUGUAUGGGCUUUACCGGCCAAUUCUCAUUAUGAUCCUCCGAAUGUCGGUACCAUGUCGUCGACACCGUGCUCAUGUUCUUGGUCCGUUUAUAACCUCUUAAGCGCUUGUACAGUAUGCCAGGGAAACGUGAAUUCCAUUCUGAGCUGGGCCUACUACAAAACUGAAUGCCCCAAUGACGACUUGUCCACGACCACGUUCUAUCCUUACGAUAGAGGUUUUGAACUUCCCCCAUCGGCUUCUAUUCCGUACUGGGCCACCCAAAAUCCUCUGAAUUGGCCCGAUGGACGGUUUGAUUCUUUAGAUGCCAAGAAUCUGUCUUCUCAAGGUCAUUCUGAUCUUACUUCGGAUGAUGCCAACGCCAACAAUGAUAACUCUUCUACUCCUAUCGGUGCCAUCGUCGGAGGUGUUGUAGGCGGUGUAGCCGCCUUAGCUCUCGCAGCAAUCAUUGCUUUCUUCCUCUUCCGACGUCAUCGUCGACGUGCAUCUGUUAAAGGUACAGUUGGGACCAGUGGACCCGCAAGCGGGGACACACGAUCUACACUACACCUUAGAUCCAACUCAGCGAUGACUCAAAUGUCCGAUCCCACUUCCUUCCACUCCAGUGGCAUAAUGGGCAUGAUGAACCCGCCUCCCCCAUUGAGUCCACAAAGUCUAAACAGACCAACAUUGCACUCGCGUUCGAGCUCCAGCGACGUUGGGGGUCAUGGAUCGUACUUUGGUUCUAUUCAUGGAACAUCCGCAUUCAUGUCUCCCACCACCGUAGAAUCACAGGGGAUGUCCCUGAACCCAGAGGACAUCAUCACGCCUUUCACUGCUUCCCUUUCGGACCACGGAACGUCGUAUCAUAUCGACGCGACUUCAAUCUCGUCGCUUUCUCAUGAGACCGGUAGCAAUGAAGGGAGCGUGAGUCUUUCUGGGCAUAAUGCCAACCGCAUGAACCCGCCGGCAUAUAGCCUGUAUCCUAACCAGAUCCAUCAGACGCUGGAGCAGGCGCCGCUGAGGACUGGGAAGGACAGUAUGCAGGUCCAGAACCCAGUGGGGAGUCGGCCUCAUUCCGUUGUCCAGCCGCCGCCGCCCAGUGACACCAGCUUUGAUAUUUCUAGGGUAGCCUGAUUUAUUUCGCUUUUUGUGGAUCUAGCAGGAUCGAUAGCUGAGCGUAUAUGUACUCAUGUAGGUCCGCAAAGUGUACUUAUAUAUACAUAUUAAAAAUGGAAGGAUUCUUCGCGAUGUAGACUGG